AUGCCUUCACUGUCGUCGGAAGCAUUGGCACAGUUGGCAGGAAGAGGGAUUGAGCAGAGCAUGGAGGAAUUGGUCAAGAGGGUAAACAUUCCAAUAAACAGCACAACGCCUCCCGCCCUCGUCGCAGCAAUUCAACACGAUCCCUUCAACCAGGCAGGCAAGUACGGCCUCAUUUUCGUUUACAUCGGAAUCAUCCUGGUGGUGACCACAACGAUCAAGCGGUUAUACUACUACUGGGGAGACAAGAUUCGAACUGCUCUAUACAAAGAAGAAGUCAUCAACUCUGCCUCGACGAUCAGCCCGCUGGGAGUCUCGCCAAAUCAAGGGUUUGGCGAUUAUGAAUUGCCCAGUGCACUGAGUAUCAAUACCGAAGGGUCAACAAGGCAUUUCUUCCCAUCCUCGGGGCCUCUGGUAGCAGAGAAAGCACAGCAGCAAGCAGCUGUGUCAGCCAUUGCACCACUCAACAACACAAUCGCCUUCUUCCGGUGGAUCUUCUACAGACCCAUCCCAGCCAUCAAGGUUGGGAGGUGGAAGUUUACGUUCCCUUCGUUGGGAGUUGUCGUGGUCAUGGUCAUAUGCCUGGUGUCGUCCAUGCUCUACUGUUUCCUGCCCAAGCCGCUCUUGUACGCCUCCAUGUCAUAUGGAUCUCCUCCACUGGCAAUUCGAGCUGGGAUGAUGUCAGUCUCGCUGCUGCCAUGGGUGGUUAUGUUGGCCAACAAGGCCAACCCAGUGGCGUUUGUGACCGGGAUUGGAGCUGAAAGACUAAUUGUGCUUCACCGCUGGACAGCUUAUCUGUGUGUCACCUUUGCCAUCAUUCAUGUCAUCCCUUACUGGUAUCAAUCGGUGUCGGACCCAGCUGGCUACGCAACGUUCAAACUCUACUUCACCCAGCAAUAUUGGGUCUACACGACAGGCAUUGCAGCCAUCGCUCCCCUGAUAUUCCUCACCCUGCACUCGAUCCCCAUUCUUCGACACAAGGCAUACGAGCUCUUCGUUCUCCUGCAUAUUCCGGUGGCAUGGGCAUUUAUUGGUCUCAUGUUCUGGCACUGUCACAACUACCUGACAUCAUGGGCGUAUCUCUACUCGACAGUGGCGCUGAUGCUUGUAUCGCUACUGACCCGCCUCUUCUUCUUGAACUGGAUGAAUCCGUUUCGGUCGUCGUGGCUCAUUGGGGAGGAGUCCGCUGUCACCAUCCUACCGGAGAACGCUAUCAAGGUCACUAUCCCAACACAGAAGAGGUGGCGGCCGGGGCAGUACGCAUACCUGAGAAUGCCCGGGAUUUCGCUCCUUGAGAAUCACCCCUUCACCAUUGCAUCCCUUUGCAGUGAAGAUUUCCCCUCAGAAUAUGGCGAGCAAUACCGGGAUAUGACCCUGGUCUUUCGACCUUUCUCGGGCUUCACUCGCAAAGUCUUGGAUACGUCAAUCAAGAAGGGGCCUUACAAAACUUACCGAGCCUUCAUCGAAGGGCCGUACGGUGGUAUGCAACGGCAAAUGGCCUCCUUCGACCAGGUCAUCUUCUUUGCAGGCGGAAGCGGCAUCACCGCCAUCGCCAGCCAAUUGCUCGACCUGAUCAAGCGUAUGCGCGACGGCAAGGCCACCACCUCCAAAGUACACGUGAUCUGGGCCAUGAAGCGGCCCGACAUCAUGGAGUGGUUCAAGGAAGAGCUUCGGAUAUGCAGAGAAUGCGCUCCACCCGGCUCGGUGCAGUGCCACUUCUUCAUCACGGCGGCAAAACGCUACGAACCGUUGCCGGAGCCCAAGGAACACCGGCUCAGUGGUAUCCGAGACAAGGUCGCUGACGCUCUCGACAAAGCCACUGGAGGUUCCAAGCGUAACUCGGCCCUCGUGAUGAUGGAGCAUGAACCGGACCUCAAGCGCGAAUUUGAAGACACCAUCACCGCGCUCCCGCAAGCUUAUGUCGCUCCUCCGCGUCACCUUGCGCCGCCUGGCACUGAGCAAGCGCAACCCUACUUUCCGCCUCCCCCAGCCGACAAACACGUGUCAACCAUCUCCCAAGCGCAGAUCGAUGCUACACGGUCCUUCGAUUUCGGCUUCCCUCAGACCCCGACGAAGUUCCAAAAGAACUUGAUGCGGUUCGCCUUUCUACCUACCAACGUCACGUCUCACAGACGAGAUGGUUGGCGGACUGAGUACGGGAGACCCGAUAUCCCGUACAUGCUCAAAGGUCUGAGCAGGGAAUUUGGACGCAGGACUUGUAUUUAUGUCUGCGGCCCGCCAGAGAUGAGGACAGACGUGACGAUGACGGUGGCGCGGUUGCAGAGUGAGGUAUGGAAGGACUCUGGCAAGGACGAGAUAUUCUUGCACGCAGAGAACUAUCACAUUUAG